GUGGUGCUGAGGUUUGCUAAGCAAAAAUGUCUGCCUAAGGGAAACUCGCAAGUUACAUUCAGGGAAUAUUUUGUAAAUUAUUGUUGCAAACACCGUGAUCGCAAACUCUGCCCGCUGAGAAGAAGGAAAACAACGCUUCCAUUUCCACAUCCGAUCGCCCUAGUUGGAUUUUGCAACGGGAAAGGUUUAGUUAAGGACCGCAAGAAUGAACACUCAGCAGCGGAUUGCCGCUAUUGGAACAGACAAGGAAUUGAGUGAUCUGCUGGAUUUUAGCGCGAUGUUUUCUCCACCGGUAAACAGUGGGAAAAACAGGCCAACCACCCUGGGGAGCAGCCAGUUUAGCGCAUCAGGUAUGGAGGAGAGGACGAGCCAGGCGUCCUGGGCCGCAGGUGGCCAGUCCAGCCCCUCCUACGAGACCUCCAGGGGUUUUGCAGACAGCCCUCAUUAUGGUGAUCAGCUGAGUGACAGUCGAUUAGUGUCCCAUGAAGGAUUGUCCCCGACACCUUUUAUCAACUCCGGCAUCAUGGGUAAAUCAGAGAGGCCUCCGUUCUCCACGUACGGGCGACAGCCAGGAGUUUCGGGGUGCCAGUCGGCACUACGCUCAGACAUCGGACUGGCAAGUCCCAGGCCAGUGAGCACACCUGGAAAGACCACUGCGCCCUUCUUCCCUUUCUCAGCAGCCAAUCCAAGGAGGCGGACCCUCCAGGACUCUUCUCCCAUCGAUGCUUUGCAAACAAAGAAAGUCCGGAAGGUUCCACCUGGAUUACCCUCAUCUGUUUAUGCACCGUCUCCAAACUCGGAGGACUUUAGCAGAGAUUCUCCCACGUUCCCACCAGCCAAGCCUCCCAGCAGCAUGUUUGCAAGCACUUUCUUCGAUGGGACCCAAAACUCCUCUGACCCCUGGAGCUCAUCCAAUGGGAUCAGCCAGCCCGGCUACGGUGGAAUUCUGGGAGGUUCCUCAUCUCACAUGUCGCAGCCGGGAAACUACGGCAACAUGCACUCGCACGACCGCCUGACCUAUCCAGCGCACUCCGUCUCCCCGACAGACAUCAACCCCAGUCUUCCUCCCAUGUCCAGCUUCCACCGUAACAACGCCAGCACUUCACCCUUCGUCAGCGCGUCGCACACUCCGCCCGUCAACGCCACGGAGAACGUCAUGGCAGCAGCGGUAGCUGCAGCCGCCGCCGCCGCCGCAGGGACCCGGGGGAACAGCACUGGAAACUCACAGACUGGAGAUGCGCUUGGGAAGGCCCUGGCUUCAAUUUAUUCACCUGAUCACACCAACAGCAGUUUUCCAUCAAACCCGUCUACGCCUGUGGGAUCUCCAUCGCCUCUGGCAGGAGCGGCGGGCGCUCCAGGCACGACUGGCACAGCAGGCACCAACCAGUGGUCCAGAGCAGCCGGACAGGCUCCCUCCUCCCCCCCCUACGAGAGCUCCCUGCACUCGCUGAAAAAUCGAGUUCAUCAGCAACUUCAUGAGCAUCUGCAAGAUGCCAUGUCCUUCUUAAAGGAUGUCUGUGAGUCUCGGAUGGAGGACCGUCUGGACAGACUGGACGACGCCAUCAAUGUCCUACGAAACCAUGCAGUGGGCUCAACCACCAGUCUGCCCAGUGACUUACACAGCCUCCUGGGACAAGCGCACAAUGGGCCAAUUGCAGCCAUCGGAGCAAACUUCCCUGCAUCGGGAUUGGUCGCCAGUCGAACAGCAUCGAUGGUUGGAGCUAACCGGGACGAAGCCACCAGCAAUCACACCGGGCUGCCUGGUGCAGGCCCCAAUGCCAGCUCUGACCUGAACCACCAGGCCGACAUCUUCAGAGGUCUGGCGGGAGGGCUGGCCGGUAAAGUAGCGGCUGCCCUGGAGCUGAAGAUGGAAAGCCAGGACAAGGACGACAUGCAUGACAACCACUCCUCUGAUGACCUCAAGUCUGAUGACGAGAGCGAAAAAAGGGACAUCAAGACCCCCCGAGGGGGAACGCGAACAAGCAGCAUCAAUGAGGACGAAGAUCUGAACCCGGAGCAAAAGGCGGAGCGUGAGCGGGAGAGGAGGAUGGCCAACAACGCACGUGAGCGGCUGCGGGUUCGAGACAUCAACGAGGCCUUCAAGGAGCUGGGCCGCAUGUGCCAGUUGCACCUGAAGAGCGAGAAGCCGCAGACCAAGCUGCUUAUCCUGCACCAGGCCGUGGCUGUAAUAUUGAGCCUAGAACAGCAAGUCAGAGAACGGAACCUGAACCCAAAAGCAGCCUGUCUUAAGAGGAGGGAAGAGGAGAAGGUGUCCAGUGUGUCCGCAGAUCCCCAGCAGGGACACCCGGCGGUCCAUGGCCUAACUGACGCAUCCAACCCUAUGGGCCACCUCUGAGGAGCAGCCAGACCCACAGGAUCCGGAGCAGUUCUGUAUGACAUGGUGGGCUCCUUUACUUCCCAAGGACAGGCAGGACUCACAAUUUGUGACACAGAUCUGAAAAGACACACCACUUGAAACAAGAAUAAAUAAACAAAUACAUUUCAAAGAAAGCAAUCUCAAGAUUGGGAAAAAAUGACCCCACUGGCGACCCCCCAACUCCCUGUGAACACUCCCAGCCAUGAUCAGAGAACUUCUGCCCAUGUGUGCACUCCAGCACGUAUCGUUCCGUUUGCAAGCAGCGUGUCGUCUGAACAAUCAGAAACUGUGGCGAUCCUCUCAGCUCUCCAGGUGGAAAGUUGACUUGUGCCUAAACUGAAUUUGACGAAUGCAUUGUAACCACAAUUGUUUCUUUUUUUGUUUGUUGCAUUUUAUUUAUUUUGUUACUGAGGUAUAACUAAGUCUGUGUCUAAAGGGAAAGUAAUUGCAUUGUUUUUGUGGUUGAUCUGUUUUCAGUUGACCUACAGUUUGCCUACAAAGCCCCUACUCCCCUCGCCAGCUAGCCCUAAACCUAGUCUGAACACAGCAGUUCAGGCACCAGAAAAGUGCAGUCACUAAUUUAUGUUGCUUAUGUCCUUCCUAAAAUGAAACAUUUCUUAAUUUUUACAUAUAUAAUGUAUAUAUUAUCAGAUAUAUUUUUUAAAUUAUAUGUAUACACUCUGCAGCCACUUGAUUAGGUGCACCUACCUAGUACAGGGUAGGAACCCCUCUUGCCCCCAGAGUAGCCUACAUUAUUUGCGGCAUGGAUUCAACAAGGUGCUGGAAACAUUCCUUAGGGAUUUUAGUCCGUCCUGAGUCGAUGGCACCAUGCCGUUCCUGCUGAUUUUUGCUGCGAACAGCCUGUUCCACCUUAUCCCAAAGGUGGAUUGAGAUCUGGGGUAUUUGUGGGCCAUUGGAGUAAACUAAAAUCACGGCCAUGUUCAUGGAACCAAUUUGAGAUGGUGUGUGCUUUGUGACAUGGUGCAUUAUCCUGCUGGAAGUAUCCAUUUGACAAAGGCUAGACUGUGCCCAAAAAGGGAAGCACAUGGUCAGCAACAAUGCUUAGGGAUGCUGUGGAAUUCAAAUGAUGCUCAGUAGGUACUAAGCAGCCUAAUGUGUGCCAAGAAAACAUUCCCCACAUCAUUACACCACCACCUGCCUGCACCAUUGACACAAGGCAGGAUGGAUCCAUGGAUUCCUGCUGUUUACGCCAAAUCCUGACCCCACCAUCUGUAUCUUGCAGCAGACCUGGAUUUGGUCAAGAUUUGUCAGACCAGGCAAUGUUUUUUCAACCUUCAGUCAUCCAGUUUUGGUGAUCAUGUAGUGUAGCCUCAUCUUCCUGUUGUUAGCCGACAGGAGUGGAACCUGGCGUGGUCUUCUACUGCUGUAGCCCAUCCACUUCUAGGUUGGCACGUUGUGGAUUCAGACGUGCCCUUCUCCACACCACUGUUGUAAACAGCAGUUUUUUUUUUGGAAUUUGUUGUCUUUCUGUUAACUUGAACGAGUUUGCCCAUUCUCCUCUGACCUCUGUCAUUAACAAAGUGUUUUCGUCCACCGAACUGCUGCUAACUGGAUGUUUUUCAUUUAUCGCACAAUUCUCUGUAAACUAUAAAGACUGUAGGGUGUGAAAAUUCCAAACGGGCUUCUGUUUCUGAGAUUAUGGAACCAACAAAUCUGGCACCAACAAUCAUACCAUGGUCAAAGGCUCUUAGAUCAUUGUUAUAUCACCCAUUCUAAUGUUUGGUCUAACAACAACUAAACAUCUUCACCAUGCGUGCAUGCUUUAUAUAUUGAGUUGCAGCCACAUGAUUUUCUGUUUGGAGGAGCAGGCUAUCUGCGUUAACAAGCAGGUGUACCUAUUAAAGUGGCCACUGAGUGUAUAUACCUGUGGAGUUUAGCUGGAAUUCUGUGUUGUUUUUUUGAGGCUGACUAUCAUUGAGAUUUAAAAGGAAGAAGAACAUAACUGCACAGUUGUGUGCAUGAACACAAAAGGUUAGGAAUAUCCCAAACAUCAUUUGCAUCAUAGACCGUGGCAAACUGUACUUUUCCUGAAUGAUCAACUACAGUCAAACUUGUUUAUAUUCUUUUUUUAAAGUUCAUAUACAGUGAGCAACAAAUGGACAAAUCUUUGUAAACCCUUAGCAUUCCCUGCAAUCUUAUUUUAGUGUCUUAACUGAAGGAAUAAUGAGUUCCAAUCCAUUUAUUCCUUUGCCAUAUAGUGUUAAAUGUAAAAAAAGAGACAUAUUCCUGAUAUUGACGUUUGUUUUGUGUUACUUUUUUGUCUCUGGUUAUCUGAACAGCCAUAGUCAUAGUUUUUGACUUCUGUACUUAAGUCCUGUGUUUAUGCCAUUUGCCGAGAGUUGUGGUAUCAAGGAUUGCUUGAAAAGAGUUAGAAUCAAAACGAUGGCCACAACAUUAAUUGGACUGAAUGAAGGUGUUGCUUUAUUUACUUUCUGUCUAAAUAAAAAAAGACAAAAAAUUAUAAAAAUACAUUAUUCAAAGUAACCACAAUUUCAUUGUUUAUUUGUAAUUGUAUACAAAUCACUUUUCUAGGCUUCAUAGUACAGCUUGUAAUGUGAAGUGUGAAUUAGCUGAAAGGAAUUUUAAUUAAUUUACAACGGCUUUGUUUUUUUCUCUUCCAAGCAGCGAAGUGCUUAAUUGUGAGAUAAGUCUAGCCUGUGUCAGGAUAAGUGCUUUACUAAUUCUCGCAACAUGAGACAUCAGAACCAGUUGACUAGCAGUUACCUUGGACAGGUAGUGAAUGGAUAAAAAAAGCAGGUUUAAGAAAAGUUUGUUUUGUAGAGGGGAAAAGUAUCCUUUUUUAUUGUUUGUGUCAAUGUUUUCCUUUUUAUUCUUUUGGACUUAAAUGUAACAUUUUACAUGGACUUUGAUGUUUGUUCAAUCACCAUGUCUUCCAUUACUUUUAACCAUAAAAACAAGGCAGCCACAUGCAAGGCUAUUACUGACUGAGUUAAAUCAAUUAAAUUGAAAUCAAUCUGAAGAAUGAAGAACAAAUGUUGCCAUUAAAGAAUGCAUUAAUAUGAUCUAAAAGGAAAAUAGUGCUUAUAAAUAAUACAAAAAAGCUACUAUUUUUCCUCUGGUUUCAUGUGUCGUUUUGUUUUUGCCCAUGGAAACACUUAUGUCAGUCUUCACCUGACUACAUGUGUGGCCUUGUUCCAGUAUUUAUGAACUUUAGGUUGGUGGAAGAAUGUGAUUGAGGUAGUUUGUCACCACCUGUCCUAUCAUUCAUUACAUUUUUUCUUCUUUUUAAACUUUCUCCUUGGUCAGUUCCUGUGCUUCUCUUCUGGCUAUGUUAGACUUUGCAGUGCUCCCAAAUGCUUUCCUUCAUAAGACAUUGAAAAAUAUAAAAUAAUAAUAAAAAACAUUUGGCUUAUUUUUCACUGUAGUUAUAGUCUUUUAUACAAUAAUCUUGUAAGAAAAUUUCUUGAAUUCUAAAUAUUACUCUUUCUAGAUUUUUGAAAUCAAAAGUUUUCAGUAAAAGUUUCGUACUUUAUUUUACUAUAUUAGGUAGUAAAAAUUAGGGUUAUGUACUGUAACCUGUCCAUUAUUAUCAGAAAUCUGCAUCUAGCAUCCUAAGGACAUGUAGGAUUGAUUGUAGCUGGCAGUGUAGUGUGUAUGGGGUAUUGUAAGAGCUUGAUGUUCCAGAGGGUGUGCCACUCAUUUUGGUCUCCCAUUUCCAUUGGUUGAUUGAAUUCAAGGCAUUGUCGAUGCACAUGAAAAAGGAAAAGAAAAAAGAAAAAAAACCAGCAGCAAGAGGUUCAACAUUUCUGUCUCUGUAACAGAAAACACAAUAUGUAUAUAACAUUUAUGUAGCAAUAAAUGUGCCAUGUUUUUUAAA